AAGUCUAUGCAUAAACUCACUUCACACUUCAAAACCCAGAGAACGAAACAAAUCAAAUCAAAAGAAAACAUCUCUCUCUAAAAUUAAAUGGAGAAUUUGUGCUUAUAAUCAAAUCCAUGGAGAAGAAAGAGGAUAAUUCAACUGAAAACGCAUCACUUUCCGAUCAGAAUCAUCAGAUGAUUCCAUCAAACAGUUUUUUCAUGGCAAAUAGCAUAUUUGACAUGCCGUGUGAGGUAGAUCAGAAGGGUUCUUUAGGCUUAAUAGACAUGCUGAAUGUUCAAGAUUUUACUAGCCCUUCUAUAUUUGAUUUACUUCAAACGCCGCCGGUGAUUCCACUACAGUCACAGCUACUUCCAUCACCGCCUUCGACUGUUCCGGAAUCGUCUGAAGUGGUCAACACACCGGCCAGCCCGAAUUCUUCGUCUAUGUCUUCAUCUUCAACUGAAGCUGCUAAUGAUAAACAGAGUAAAACUGUGGAAGAAGAAGAAGAAAUCGACCAAGAAAAGACCAAAAAACAGUUGAAACCCAAAAAGAAGAACCAAAAGAGGCAAAGAGAACCGAGAUUUGCGUUCAUGACAAAGAGUGAAAUUGAACAUUUGGAUGAUGGAUACAGAUGGAGAAAGUACGGCCAAAAGGCUGUGAAAAACAGCCCCUUUCCUAGGAGUUAUUAUCGUUGCACUAGUACAGCAUGUGGUGUGAAGAAAAGAGUUGAAAGAUCAUUUGAGGAUCCAUCCAUAGUUGUCACAACCUAUGAAGGUACCCACACACACCCGUGUCCUAUAACUCCUCGUGGAAGCUUUGGAAUUUUGUCGGAAAACACCUCUUAUGGUGGUGGUGGUGGUGGUGGUGGUUGUUCUUCUUUCACCAUACCUCAAGUGAUUCAUUACCAAAACCAACAGCAUCAAAUUCAGCAACAACCCUAUUUCCGUAAUUUGGCACCACCUUUGAGUUUCACCUAUGCUAAUUCCUUAGUUCCUCCACCACAUCAAGAAAGACCUUUUUACCCCUCUGCAGCUCCUUUAGCCAGAGACCAUGGACUUCUUGAAGAUAUGCUACCUUCACGAAUUCUAAAGGAGACAAAGGAGGAGUAAAAGGGAAAUUCACCUUACUGUGGAUCUUGGUAUGUUAUUUUCCUACUGACAAAAGAAGUAAUUGGGAUUUUCUUUAGGCAUAAGCCCUCUUCAUUUUCACGUAGAAAUCCAUUAUUUUCAUGUAAAUUACUAGCUUUUAGCUCAUGGAGGUACUAGUUUGUUGAUUAAUUAAUUUUCUUGCUUAUUUCUUGUACUUCAUUAAAUUCUACUAAUAUUUAAGAGUGCUACUUAAUUUUCUCA